AUGGAGAGAAUCGAUGUGCAUUCGCACUGCGUGCCCCCGUCAUAUCGCGAGUAUUGCUUGCAAAGUGACUUUGCGGGAAAGGGACAUCCGGAUGGAAUGCCCGCGAUUCCAGAAUGGAGUGCAUCAGCCCACAUCGAUCUGAUGAAGAAGCUCAACAUAACAAAAUCGGUGCUGAGCAUGUCUUCGCCAGCAACCCACCUCACACCGGGAAACGAUGAAGAAGGCCGAUCAGUCACCCGUCGUGCAAACAAUGACAUGUCCAAAAUCUGCGCCGAUCACCCAGCCCAAUUCCUUUUCUUCGCUUCCCUCCCACUACCGGAUGUCGAGGGGUCCCUUGCCGAAAUUGACUAUGCACUAGACCAUCUUGGCGCAGUCGGUUUCCAAAUCCUGACCAAUUCUCAUGGCAUUUAUCCCGGUGAUGCACGUUUCAGCCGCGUUUUUGACAAGCUGAGUGAGCGCAAGACUAUCGCUUUCUUUCACCCAACGACUUGUCAGAUCCAGAUAGAUGGUUCCUUGACGAAGGUCUCGCCGCUUCCUGGUGUCGCGGCGCCGAUCAUGGAGUUCAUGUUUGAUUCGACUCGGUCGCUCAUGAGCUUGCUUACUUCCGGUACGGUGGAGCGGUGUCCCGGGAUUACCUUCUUGGCUUGUCAUUGUGGUGCGACUUUCCCUCCGAUAAUGGAGAGAAUCGCUGAGUUCUCACCUAUGCUGCUUGGUCCGGAGAAAGGAAUUAGUGGGGAGAAGAUCAAGGAGCUUUUGCAGUCUCGUUUCUAUUUUGAUCUCGCCGGUGUACCCUUUCCGGAUCAAAUUCAUGGCCUUCUCCGAUUAGUCGACUCCUCCAGGUUGCUGUAUGGGAGUGAUUACCCAUACACGCCUGCCGCACUAGCUGAAUCGCUAGUCCAGAGGUUGGAUAUUGGGUUAGAAGGCCAAUUCGGAUCGGAGAUUGCACAAAAUGUUAUGCUGAAUAAUGCCAAAGUUAUGCUUGAUUAG